UGAGUGCUGAGGUAAUGUUUGUCUGGUUCAUGGCAGAUGGAGAUAACCCAGGUCUACUCCACCCGACGUUCCAUCCGCUACUGCGGCAGGGGUCGAGGCCGGGCCCUGAGCUUCCCUCUGCUGCCGGGAUUAGAGACGGUGGACAGCUACCUGCUCCCGCCUGCACCGAAGAAGAAAACACGAACACUCUACAGUACUGAUCAGUUAGAGCAUUUAGAGGCCUUGUUCCAGGAGGACCACUAUCCUGACGCAGAGAAGAGGAAAGUCAUCGCUGCUUCAGUUGGUGUCACACCUCAAAGAAUUAUGGUCUGGUUUCAGAACCGCAGGGCUAAGUGGAGGAAGGUGGAGCGCUCCAUCACAGCAAAGGUUGAACACAGACCGGGUAGAGCUGAAUGCAGCAGCAGCUCCCCACAUCACCAACUCAAUUGUACACUGGCAACCAACAGUAAGGGACCUCCCGCUUUUACUGGGCACUUUGCCACCCAGAUGCCCCAGCUAACCCCUGUGGCACCUUCCUACCCGACCCUUUCCAACCAGACUCCGCCCUCGUACGACAACCUGCUGGCCAGCCUCAGCAGCCCAGGUCAAUCCAGAAUGAAAGAUGGGGACCAGCACCAGCUUUCAUCUCAGGGGGGAUUGCCAGAGUACCACCCCCGCCCCAUGCAUAGCCCUCCCCCCCUGCGGCGAGCCAGUCUCCCCCUUUUCACAACGACCUACAACCCUACCAACCCUACUCCACCUCUCCUUAACACCCUGGCUCACACCCCACCUCUGUUCCUGGAUGCUCUGGAGGGUGGCUCCUCCUUGGCCCAUCGUGAGACCCAGUCUCUGCAGACUGAUACCAGUUCUCUGUUUGACUUUGGGGAGAAGCUUGACUAUCUGACCUCAAGCCAGCAGAACAACGCUCUCUCCUACCAGCUCCAGACCUACCCAACCGGCCAGCCGCAGCACCAGCCUCAAGCAUCUCUGCCCCGCAUGGCCUACCUCACCCCCUCCCCCUACCUCACCCCUAACCCUCCAGAUUCCAACCCUACUUCCUACCUGACCUUUGGCCCUGGAGGAAACUCCACUGGGAUGGUGACCUACUCUACUGGAGGCCCCACCUACUUCCAGUCCCAGAGUGCAGGACAGAUCCUGCUGCAGUCGGCCGGUCAUCAUGGUGGGAUCACAGCAUACCAGUCGUACCCAUGGGGUAGCAUGUACACUCAACCAACCAUCCACCAGCGUGCUCAGUGCCCUCCAACUUACCCCACCAGCAUGGGAGGUGCUCGAGAUCACCAGCAGCCCUCCUCUACCACCACCGUGCCUACCCCUUCAUUCUUCACCCGGGGGGACCACGGGCCCUCACAUGCAAACUCCCAGUGCACGUCACACACCCAUACACACACCAGCAGCAGCAGCACCACUGUCCUUCCUCCUGUUUCUUCUCUGCGUCCCUCUUGCCUCAGAGCGGAGAGUACUCCAACCAAGGCUACGUCUCUGCUGCCUUCUCAAGUCAGCCCUGCUUCUCCAGAAAGCCCUCCAGUGCCCCCUUGUGUUAAGAUAGAGUAUGACAGCCCUCGAGAGAUUCACAGCCACUUCCACUGCGACUUCUCCCCCAUACAUUUUUGACUAUAUGCUUGUUCAUGUGAGAGAGUGUGUGUUUGUUUGACGUAUCAGUGUAAAUAUAUCCUGUUUAAGUGUGAGUGUUUCUGUAUUUUCCAUGUGUAUUACUAUUUUAGAAUUUUCUCAGUAGACAUAUUAGCAGAUGUAUGUUAGACUCGGUUGGGCUGCAUUUAGCUUGGCUGCAAUAAAUGGUCCAUUGCUCUGUUGCUUUCUGA